AUGGAGACCGGAGAUGUAUUUGUCGCGGCAUCUGUUCAACUAGUUAUCGAAAAACUGGCAUCUGUAGGGGUGAGUCAGUUUGUUGUUGAAGGUGGGGUAAAACAACUCAAAACAGACUGCUUUCAAGAAUGGGAGAAAAUGCUAAGGAUGAUCGAACUGCAGAUUUACAAGACUUGGCUUACGAUUUGGAGGUUGAGGAGCGUUUCAACUGGUGAUUCUAGAGAUGUGCAACGUUUUCAUCACUUAGGCGGAGACCUUUCAUCCAGGAUUGAAGAGAUGAGCAGCCGCAUGCAAGAUAUUCAGACCCAAACCCAAGCUAGCGACUUGGGUCUUUCCGACUGUAUCAUCUUUAGUGUUGAGGUUGAUGGCAACACCAAAAAAGGUAUGAAGUGGCGGCAGCCUCACAAUUGCAUGAAAGUCUGUGAGUUUAAAGGAUGCAAGCAGGGGUUAGCAUUCCCUGCUUGCGUAGGAAACAGAUUUUUCAAAUGCAUGGUCCGCGUAAUUUUGAUGGAUUGCGUGAGCUGUGAAAGCUUGCCACCACUAGGAUUGCUACCCUCUUUAAAGGAGCUUCGAGUUGAAAGAAUGGACAAUAUAAAGAAGGUUGGUCCUGAAUUUUAUGGACAGUCUUUAAAUCCUUUUCCGGCAUUGACAACUCUAGUCUUCUCUCAUAUGAGUUCCUGGAAGAAGUGGUUGCACCCAGGCUACCCAGCAUCAGUUGACAGCAAUAGUAUGGUGGCAUUCCCACACCUCGAGCAGCUUUCACUUUCGCAUUGUGAAUCACUGCAGGGGUGCUUACCUCCCUGUCUCCUUUCAUUAAAAAAGAUUUCGGUCUCAUAUUGCCAUCAGUUAAGUGUCACACUUACAAGCCUCCCUUUGCUCGAGAAUCUGUCCAUAAUUACAUGUAAAGCACUGCAGAUGUCUACUGCAUCUAGUAUUGUUUGUUCAGAAUCAAUGGACCUUCCUGAUGUCACAGAAGUCACAGACUUUCCUUUGCCAAAUUCUUGUCAGACUGUCUUCAUAUCAGAUUGUCACUCCCUUUUGAAAUUACAUCAGAUACCUGCCACACUUACCCAGUUGCAGAUUUAUAAUUGUGAUGACAUACAGUCUGUGGAACUCAAGAAAUCAUCUUCCGCGACCUCUAAUGUACAGAACAUCUACAUUUCUGAUUGUAAGUCUCUGACAACUCUUGAUAUUCCAGAGAAGAUUAGCUGGUUGAAGAUACACAAUUGCGAAUCUCUCAAGUCUCUGAUGAUUAACAGGAUUGACAAAAACCUUGAAACUCCCUUGAAACUUGCACAUCUAGCUGUAUUAAGAAUAGCAGAAUGUCCUAAACUUCUGUCAUUGCCAGAAGAUCUAAUUCUUCCUGCUAUAAAAGAGCUUAUGAUCGAGGACAAUGCUAAUUUUAGUGGCCUUCCCAAUCAGAUACAAAAUUUUACCUCUCUGAAAUACUUGAGCAUUAAAAAGUGUCCCAACAUCCAGUCUUUUCCAGGAGAGGGUCUUCCUAGGUCCCUUGAAGAACUUCACAUCGAAUACAUGAACAUAAAGCAGCCACUCGAGGAGUGGGGAUUGGGCCUCCUCGAUUCCCUCCAAGAUCUUAGACUUCGCGAUACAGGCUUCUCAUCAGCUUUAGUGCAUUGUCCGAAGCUCGAAUCCUUGGGAGAUGAAAGCUGCCUACCUCCCAAGCUUAAGACUCUGUUAAUUAUGAAUUGUCAGGAACAUGUGUGUGAAGUUGGCAACAAGCUCCUCAAGAAACUUAAUCCCUACAAUGAAAGUAGUUUUGACAGUUGGGCUGAUAUGCCUAUGUGA